GUCGGCUGGGGAUCAACACGAUCCCACCGAUGCCUUCUCACACGUCCCUAGACCCACUCAGGGAUCAAACGCCAGGCCAGAACUUUUCCACACAUGUACACAUGCCAUAUGGUACAGUCCCGGGAUUGGUUAUAGGGACAGGCCAGGUCCCACCGGCUGGAGCAUAUUAUGAGCCAGUGCUGCAGAAAGUUGACUAAACUUCCCUUACCGGUCAGCCAAUCAGGAGGGAGCCUGGCACACUCUUGGGGUGGAAGUCCUGUCAAUUACAUGGUGCAAACAACCUCUCGGACCCAAUAACUACCCCGGUGGAUCAAGCUGGGAGAUAACAACUUCUGCGCUGAGUGUGCGCCUGUCCUGUCCAUCAGAAUGGCUGUCCUGAGCACCACACUAGUGGGAUUUCUGAUCCUUGCCGUGUCUUUCCUUCCCUCACCUGCCCGAGCCCAGUCCUGCCCGGCCUCGGUGACCACCUUGUGUUCCGCAGACGACCAGUGCAACUACGCCCUGGAGAUCCCAACCUUGAAGAUGACGCUGCCGGUGAAUCCUCGAGUGAAAGCGGCCGAGAAGGACUUGGAGACGCUGGAGAAGACGUUUGCUCAGCUCCGGCUGGCGGUGCUACGAAGAAACAUCAACCAAGAAGUGCUGAACAGGCUGAACGAGGUGGCCAACAACCUGAAGGCCGUCAGGGAGUCCCUGGACGGAGCCCGGGAGAGGAACGUGGAGGUUCUGCACGCGGGGCAGCAUGUCAAACAGGACAGGGAUACGCAACGUGGCCUCAAGACCCUGGAGGAGAGUAUGGAUCAAAAGUUUACGGGUCUCAAGGGCAUGCUAGAGAAACUACUCAAGACCUGUGCCAGGGAAUGCUCGAGCGACAAUCCAGUUUCCCGUGGGCCGCCAAAAGACUGCGCCGACGUGUACAAGACGGGACUGCGCGAGAACGGGGUUUACUCCAUCACCCCCAACAUCAACCAGGACUCCGUGGACGUGUACUGCGACAUGAAGAGCGGCGGAGGCGGCUGGACGGUGAUCCAGCGCCGCAUGGACGGCUCCGUCAACUUCACCAGGAAGUGGGCCGACUACCAGCGGGGUUUUGGGAACCUAACCGGCGAGUUCUGGCUGGGGCUGGACGCCCUGCACGAGAUCACCAGGAGGCAAGACUACGUGUUGCGGGUGGAGCUGGAGGACUGGGACAAGGUUCGGAAGUUCGCGCGGUACGGCGCGUUCUACGUCGCGGACGCGAGGGACAAGUAUCGCCUCCACAUCGACGGAUAUUCCGGAACGGCGGGCGACGCCUUCCGCUUCAGCGACCAGUACAUGCACGACAACCAACAGUUCACCACCUACGACGAGGACCAUGACAAGUAUCCCUCUGGCAACUGUGGCCGGUACUACAAGGCAGGGUGGUGGUUCGACGCCUGCCUGGCCACCAACUUGAACGGGGUCUACUAUCACGGCAUGUACACGGGCAUCCGGGACGGGAUAUUCUGGGGGACCUGGCACAACCUGACCUUAGACGACCUGAGGUUUUCCUUCAAGUAUGUGGACAUGAAAAUCAGACCCGUCACAUUCUAAACAGAACAGAUCAUUCAGCAGAAAACGUUGACUUAAACAGACUGAACCAACAACAUAGUAUUACGUGGCUCACUGUGCCUUUAGGUAAGCUUGUAGAAAUUGUAUGAAUGUCUUGAUUAAACACGGUGGUAUAUUGUAAGUUACAAAAACAUGUACAAGGACAAAAAUAUACAUACAUGUAUGUGAUAAUCUCCAAGCCAAUCUUCCCAUGGCAAAAUUGUAACAGGUCCGUGACCCAAGGACCUACCUCUUGGCUAGCAGAUUUUGCACAGUGAAAAUCUGCUCGGAGAUUAUACGUACAGUGACUGUACUACUUAACAAAAUGGUACUCUGUAGUAUAUACAGAGCUGUGCAUUCCACAUGCUAGAAUCUAAGCUACAUAUAAACAUGUGACGUAGAGUUGGUAGGAGGUUGUCAUACAAUGUUUCUGCCGAAAUUUCUCUUGUCAAAUUUUCAAACUGUCUACACAUCUUGACUCCUCCAUAUACAUUUACAAAUCUUGUCUUAUACAUACUGUAUUAUUAUUUAUCACAUGCUAGUAUAAGAAAUGAGACGAUAUGUACAACUGUAAAUAUCAUGAUAUUAUAUAUUGUAAAUUUGACCAGUUAUCAUUGACUUCUAUCAAAAUAUAUCAUUAGUUGCUAGACUCACAUUAUUUUCUCAUUAGAAAGUUUAAAUAGAGAGAAUCCUUGUCAAAUA